GUUAAGCAGCCUAAUAAUUCGUUUGUCUGGCAACGCUACUUAAAAAUCUAACAGAGCUGUGUGAAAUAAAUUUAAUGCAUCUGAAUGGAUGGAACGGCUGAUGCUACGCCACAGCCGAGGCGUCGUUUGGGUUUAAGACUAGUUAGAAAGGCUCACACGACGCCUGGGCUUCGUCAACAAAUAAUACAGCAGACAGCAACACCACAAUCGCAAGAUAAUAAAGACAAAUACUCUGGUGCUGUUGAAACCCCACGUGCGCUGCCACUGAAUGUGAAGGCAAACUCAACAAUUUGUCGACGUCCUGGCUUGGCACGCAAGCGCAAGGAUCUUACUAAGAAGAGACUGGAAUUUGCCAUUACUGAGAAGCUUGAAGACACGCCUAAGACACAAGAACACAAGUCGUCUGACGAAACUAUAAAGCCAGACCUUAGCAAUUGGAGAGAGCGUCAAAUAAUUGAACUCGAAUCCGAUAUAGAUACAUGGAGAAAUGGCUUCAUUGCUGCAAUGGAUGAUUUACAGAAGUUGGUUCAGCCUGGAGUUACUAAACAAACGUUGCUCGCCCAAUUGGGCAUACCUUUAGAAAUGCUUAAAUACUUAGAUGAAGACUGAUAUAAAAAAUUACAUAAAAUUAGUAUUAAAAUUUAUUUCGGCAAACAAAA